AUGUCCGCUGAUCCCACUGCUAAUCUGCAGGUAUUCUCACCGCCAGGGUCUGGCCGCUCUAGUCCUGCACCCCGAUCGACGCGUCAGGCUGCGGAAGAACGCUUCCGACGCUAUGCAGCUGGAGUGGAACGCGCGCUUGCCCUCUGGGACACGGCUCAACAGGAAUGGGCUGAUUAUAUAUCGUUCUUGGGGAGGCUGCUGAAGGCCCUGCAAUCUCACCCACCCGAGAUACCAGUUGUUGCACAUAGCACCACAGUCGCACUGCGAUUAGCGCAGUGCUUGAAUCCAGCAUUGCCCUCGGGCGUCCAUCAGAAAGCCCUCGAAGUGUAUGGCUACAUCUUCGCCACUAUUGGAGGCCAGAAAGAGACCCUCGCCCGUGACCUCCACCUCUACUUCCCAGGACUUGCUCCCGUACUCUCCUUUGCAUCUCUCUCGGUCCGCCCAUUGUUCCUUUCCGUGUUUGAAAGUCACAUCUUGAAGCUCGAUAGAGCCGCACUGCGUCCUGCGCUGAAAGCAAUCAUAUUGUCCCUACUACCUGGCCUGGAAGAUGAAACAAGUGAAGAUUUUGAGCGCAUGGUCGCAGCUCUAAAGAGUCUGCGGAAUGCCGUGCAAGAACACUCUGAUGAUGCUGUUAAUGCAAAAGGCAAUAGUGGCUCCUCCCACUUCUGGCAAUGCCUGUUCCUAGCAACCAUUACAAACGCAUCACGAAGGCAAGGUGCACUUUCUUUUCUAGUGCGACAUUUGCCAAAAUUUGGGCCGCCAAACCGUCGUAGCUCCUUGCCAAAACUAUCUGGAGACUUGUCAGGGGAAGCAGAGGCUGCUAUAUACCCGGAACCAGGUCUGCUUAUUCGUUGUUUUGAAUCUGGUCUAGCAGAUCCACAAUUACUUAUUCAGAGAGGGUUUCUCGACCUACUCGUUACUCACUUGCCACUUGAUUCACCGGUUCUACAACAGCGAGUUGGGAAAGGUGACCUAGAACGACUCGUAGCGUCCGCCGCUGGUGUCGUCUCGCGAAGAGACAUGAGUCUGAACAGAAGAUUAUGGGCAUGGUUCCUGGGUCCAGAGCCUACAGGUCCUGAGGGCGGCGACGAUGUCGUGUCUCCUGUCUCAGAGAAGCAUGGAUCGUCAGGUGACUCUGCACAACAAGCUGCCUUCUUCUCACGUUACGGUCUCGAGGCUUUAACCAGUAGUGUCUUGAAGAUGAUCAACCGCCGCAGCACAAUACCAUCUGAACGGGCGCGACCUUUCCGAGUUUGUCUUUCAUUGAUGGAUCGCUGGGAAGUGGGCGGCCUCAUUGUACCAGAAGUGUUUCUUCCGGCAUUACGGGCUGUUCAAACAUACAGCGAAGUCAGCUCCAAAGAUAACUUCGACGAGGUUAUGCGAAGCGCCAGUACAUUUUUCGAUGGCGUUGACAGCGGCUUGAUCUGGGGUAAACUAGUCCAUCUUGUAACAUCAUCCCUUCAAUUGGAUGCAAAAUCUCAUGAUGAAGCUUUCCGGGACAUCAAGUUGGCGAGAUUCGUUCUGGCCAAGUUCAACCUCAAAGACGAGGAUAUGGUCCAGCAUCAUAUGCCUCUAAUGGUACUGUCGACAUUAACUUCUUUAAACGAGCGGUUUGAUGAUGGGCGGAUUCGAACACAAGACUUUGAAGCUGUGGCACUGGCCCUGGAAAUUGCGGAUUCCCUCAUACAGAUACUCCCAGACAAAGCCUUGAGGGGCGACGGGAUCGCAGAACAACACGGCACGGUAACCAGGAGCCAAACUCUUAAACGUAUCGAGACGUUCUACGAAGAUUCUCAGGGAAGUCUCGAUAUGACAGAUCCCCCUUUUGAAACAAUGGAGCUUGGUCACUUGAUUCUUCGCGAGGCUACACAAGUUUUUGUUACUUCUAUUCAAACUGGCGAUCCGACUCUCUCCACUGAGACAACCUCGAAUAUCUUGGGCAGCGUGAUAUUCAAAACGCAACAAUUGGAUGCUCUUGAUGAGAUUGAUCUUGUGGAAGUUUUCGAUGAAGUCAUUACUUCAAAAGGCAGACUGACCACGUUUCCGCACCUCAGCGCCAUGACGGCGAUACUAGCAGCGCUGCAAACAGCACGUCCUUCAGACCCGUAUAUUCCAGCACCACGAUUCUCCGAACUUGUGCGGCCUCUGGUCUGCAAAAUAUGGGAAUAUCUUUCGCCAUUAAAGCCCAAAUUUCACGUCGAGGCCACUCGGUGCCUACUGUACUUGCAUUCAAUUUCUCCCACAAGUCAUCUGGUUGAGGCUGCCAUCUCAUCUAUCAUUGUGGAAGAGACAACAGGUGCACAGAACAGCACGGCUACGUGCGGCUGGCACUUUGCAAUAUUGUGGACUCAUAUCAUACACGAGACAAGUCAGCAAACCGAGAAACGGGCUACUAUAGUCCGCCGAACAAGUGGUCAUAGUGUGCCAACUCCAGCUUUAUCACGAGACGAGUUUUACGCAUUGUUGAGGCGGCCACUACUACUUCUUCUGGACACUCUCGUUGAAGAUGCCUCUGAUACGGCUGCCUUCAUACGAACCUGGCUACAAGAUUUGCAGAGUAUCAACAAGGUCUUCGAUAUCAUUGUAGCACAGAUGCAGUCUUUAAGCUGUCUUGUGGUAGUAGUGUCCUCGACGCCAGACUUGACGGAAACCUCUCGAGAGCAGCGUUUAAAUCGAGCGGACACAAAGGAGUGUUUAUACUACCUCAAUCAUAUUGCUAACAUCUUGCAACGACCUUCGUCGACCAUCUGGGCUGCGAUCGCUGAGGCGUAUAUCCCAUCAGUAGCUCAGUCGUCCCAGGUGGUCAUCCAAGAGUGGUUACUGCGUGUCUGCCUGCGCACUCUCUGUCUUGAAUGCAAUCCCUCGGAUGCGAAAUGUGAUACCUUUAUAGAUGAACUAUAUCGGACUUCUACAAAAAUCAUUACACAGAUACUUCAGAGUCCUCGCGCCAUCCCACUUAGAGAGUUGGAGCUGGAGGUACCAUUGCUUGCGCGGUUGCAAACGGCUGGCCCAUAUCUGCAGACUCCUCUACUCCACGCAGUAUGGUCUGCACUUAAGCUUCGCCUCACCCGAUCAGCGCAGGAACCUUCAAUAGAAUCGAAGCAGUCUAACCACCCUUCUCAUCGAGGACGGUUAUCUAUCGCUUUGACUCGGGAGUCUGAUGACAAAGAGCCAGCGCCGAUUCAUCCACCUCCGCAGCUGAUCGACUGCCUCAAAUAUGGCUUUUCUUCGCCGACUAGUCGUCCAGUGUUGGACGAUUGGAUUCAAUUCCUAGUCGACGUUUUGCCCAUGUUUGCUGACACUAUUUUCCAAAACCUAUUGCCACUGGCAGAGUGUCUCUGCGAGCAAAUCAAAAUCACCUUUGAGCACUUGAAGCUGAUCUUCAAAAAGAAAGACGAUACUUCUCCCGUGUCACCUGAGACUACUCUCAUCUCACUGAUUAACGGACUGGAACAGAUACUGGCCAAAGCACACGAGCGAUUAAUGACACAGGAGACAAGAGUCUCUGUGGCCAAGUUGCCUGAACAGCCUCAGAGCUUCUUCAGCAAUGUAGUAUCCGGCGUCUUCGCUUCUGAGAUGAACCAGACGCGUACACCGACAGCAAACAGCCGGUUGACUGUACUUCUGUGCUUCCAAGACACAGUCCGUAUCUGCUUCGCUAUAUGGUCAUGGGGAAGUUAUGGAUUGACAGAGGGAAUCCAGGACCCUUCAUCAGCUGCAUCCUUUGGCUAUACAGCUCUGCGCAUGCGCAAUCGAGCUCGCCGCACCCUGGAGCAUCUCUUCGAAGUGGAAGCUUUGGAAUGUCUGGAAACGCUGAUAGUAGAGUGGAAGCGGGCCCCUGACUCCAGCCCCGAAACAUCAGCCAUUCUUGGUUUGCUCAAUGUACUCAAUGGAUCAAAACCACGGCACACUAUUCCAGCCAUAUUCAACGCUGUGUAUAGCCGGACUGAUCCAGGCGCCUUGGAUACCGACCGCCUGUCUACCCUGACCUCCGAUCUCGAUGACGUUGAGCUUGUUACUUUUCUUGUUGACUAUACAAGAUCGUUGGAGGAUGACGCCAUGGAUGAGAUAUGGCAGGACUGUACAUUGUUCCUGCGUGAUGUUCUUACAAACCCUCUUCCCCAUCGACAAAUUCUUCCUACUCUGCUAGAAUUCACGGCAAUUAUAGGCCAGAAGGUCGACAAUACUAACUUUGGAGAACAGCGAAGAAUGCGACGAGAGCUUGCAGACAUCUUUGCAAGGAUUCUGACGGCAAUAUUCACCACUCGCUCGAUGGGCUACCUCCAGGACCCGAGUCAAGUUGCAGAUGAGAAAACCCCAAGCACAACCAACAGCAUGCGAGCGCAGAAACGAGCAAAUAAUGUUGUCACGAUUUUGUCUGUCAUUGUGCCCAAGCUUCCCGCAAUACUCGUAGAUAAUGAUCGCGUCGCCAAAGUCGUUUCUGAUGUCUCAACAUCGGUCAUAGGUCCCAUCUUUAGGGCAAAGUCUUUUCCCGAAAACGUAUCACAAGGAACACUGGAUCUUCUCCGUGAGUUGACGAAGGUAUCUCAAGGCAACAAGCUUCUCAAGAAAGACAUAUACGACGCAUUCAACGACGCCAGGUUCUUCCAUACGUCGCUUCCCCUUCUGAUGGGAACAUGGCUAUCCAUUCUAGCGCAAUGGACGCAGUCGGACAAGGAACGUAUCCCAGAGUUAUUGGCAAGACUUACUCCGCCGACUACAGCAGGAAUCAUGUUUGGUGUUGGUGCCACGUCGGCUCGGCAAGAGGCGGAUCGGAAGACACAACUCACUCUCAAGCGCAUUGCUUUGCUAGUUCUCGCCAGUCCUGAGGAUGCAUUCACGGUCAACAUAUCUCAGAUCUUGGAGAAGGUCGUUGAGCUUAUGUCUGCAACGCCUGCGUCGUCUCCUUCUUCGGUUACGCGUGCAGAUGUUCUUGUGUUGCUGCGGGCCGUUAUUCUCAAAACCUCCCCAGUGCACCUAGCGGCACUGUGGCCAGUUGUGAACGGAGAGCUGACAGCCGCAUUGUCGUCUCUUCUCCCCGAUGCUGCCAACAAGGAGCAUUACAAUAAUGCUGGGAUUAUUCAGACUUGCAAGCUCCUAGAUGAGCUUGUAAUACUCGAUCCAGAUGACUUUCAACUCAUGGAAUGGCUGUUCAUUACCGACACAAUUGAUGCGGUAUAUAAGCCCACUACGUCUCCAUCGAUUUGGUCUCUUACCGACGAAAUCAACGAGGUGCUCUCGCUUUCGUCCAGCACCCUACCAGCCCCACUAGGUGCACAUAACGAAAACGACGUCGAAGAGCCUAAGAGGCGACUAUUCCUUGAUCCUCUGAUUGAGGCUCUGGAGGCAGAAGAAGGAGCAGCAGUUCUGGAGAUGACGAGAAGUGAAUUGAUCAAUCGACUUGUCCGGCCUUUUCUGGGUAAUCUGGCAAUAAACUCUUUUGAAGCCAGGUACAAGGGCGGUGAACCUGAUUGGCAAGGGCUAUGGGAGAGCGCGGUCAGGGACGCUUGGUCAUAG